AUGUUAGAAUCUCAUCAAUCAUUAUUAUUGAUCGUAUCCGUGUAUCUAACUAAAGUGUUGACUUGUACUGCACUGUACUUGAAGAAAAUGGCAUGUAAAUUUGUUAUAGUCUGCAUUUCUGCAGUUUUCAUUCAGACGAUAUCAGGACAAUAUAUCAACAGGGCAUACAAUGGUGCUCUUAACGCUGGUAUAGUGGCUGCUGAAAACGCAGCAAUAGCAAAUAAUAUGGCAUAUGGACCUAUGGCACCUAAUGGCUUAGCUUAUGCUCCUCUGGCAGCAAAUGGGAUUGCCAACGGCUUAGCAUACGGAAAUGUGCCAGCAAAUAGCAUUGCCAAUAAUUUGGCUUAUGAUGUCGCAUUGGAAGCCAAUCAAGCUAGCGGUUUAACAAGUGGUGGCAGUUUUAGAGUGACUAGCUCAUCUCCCAUGGCAGCAAGUGGUAUUACAGUACGUUCAGAAAACUUGUUGAUUGAAGGACCUUUGGCAGUAUCUGGUCAAAUGCCAUUUACAGGUGUUGUGGCUUUAGAAGGACCCUUACCAGCAGCUGGCCAGGGUUCAGUAGCUUAUGGGUGUGGAAACGGGAAUGUUGGGAUCCUUAGUGAAGGUGUAGAACCAGGCUAUGUUAAUGGGCUUGGAGUGGAGGCGGCUCUUCCUGGGGUUGGUUAUAAUGUCAAUAAAGCAGGCUACGCAGCUCUUUAU